AUGUUAAGGCCUAAGAGAGGAAUUCAACCACAGAUUCUUGAGGACGAGGAUUUCAGGGUCUUUUUGAUGUUCGGUCCGAAUGUUGAUGAUGAGGGAAUGAUUAUGGGCAAGUUGAAGUCUGUGUUCAUCAGGGUCCACUCUUCUGGGACAAGCCAAGGGCUCAUCUUCCUCGUGGACGGCCAUGAUGAUACUAUUUCGAAUGCCAAGUCCGAGCUCCGAAACAUCCUACAACAAUCGUCGGGAAAGAAGAAUCCCCUUCUUAUUUUGGCUAUCAAGAAAAAUCUUGUUGAUGGCUUGAGUGAUAAGGAUAUCGCUGAUAAGCUUGAACUUCCUUCUCUCGAGGGAAUAAAAUGGCAAGUCCAGAGCGUAUGUACCCUUGAGGAUGAAGGAUUCACAAAAGGAAUUAGCUGGCUGCGACCAAGCAUUAAGGAGCACGAGAUUGAUCCAACAUGCCCUAAGGAGAGACCCGAGGGAAAGAGCGAGAGAUGUAAAAAGAUAGAAGAAGUAGCUCAAGAAAAUCCUAACAGUCCCUAA